AUGCCGAUACCGAUAGAAAAAAUUCAAGUAGUUGAACAUGAAUUCCAACGACAGCAUGAUAGUGAUGAUGAAAGCGAUGACAACCAAAAUCAACAUCAACAUCAACAUCAUCAUCAAAUUCGUCAUACAACCGCAAUGACGCCACCUGAGCAAGAUUUUUCUUUUCUGAAGAAUCAUGGACAAGCAAAACGUUCUGUCCAUUAUGAUAUUGAACAAAUCGAUAGCUAUGAAACUCGACCACUAAGAGUUGCUCAUGAAAAUGAACAACAAUUCGAUAAUGUUUUACGUCGAAGAUAUAUUGCACAUUGGGGUUUACCAGAAUGGCUUGGUGAUAAUCAUUUUCUCUUACAAAAACAUCGUCCACCAGCUAAUUCUGUUCGUGAAUGUCUCAUAUCAAUAGCAUCAAUACACAGUGAAACAGUUAAUAUUUGGACACAUUUAAUAGGUGCAUUAUGUGUUGCUGUUACAUUUGUACUUUUUCUUAUUGAUAAUCAUCGACAAAUGGAUUUAAGUGAUUUUAUAUCAUUUAGUGUUUUUUUUAUAUCAGCUAUAUUAUGUUUAACAUUUUCGACUUUACUUCAUGUAUUUAUUAAUUAUUCGCCACGUGUUAUGGUAAUUGUUUCCAAACUUGAUUACAUGGGGAUUAGUAUUUUAAUAUUUGGUUCAAUGAUUCCAGUGAUCCAUUAUUUAUUUUAUUGCAAUUUAAAACUUAAAACAAUAUAUAUUGGUAUCUUACUGGGACUUUCUAUUGCGUCAGUUAUUGGCACAAGUAGCGCGGCAUGCGCAAAACCACGAUGUCGUCCAUUUAAAGCGAUUCUAUUUAUUGCUUUAGGUCUUUAUGGUGCCGCCCCGGCAACUCAUGCAUGUAUUCUUCACGGUUUUCCACGUAUGUUUCAGAUGGGAUUUCUAUAUCUUGUUAUUAUGGCUGUAACUUAUAUUUCUGGCGGUGUUAUCUAUGCUGUUCGUAUACCAGAACGAUUUUUUCCAGGGCGUUUCGAUAUCAUUGGACACAGUCAUCAAAUAUUGCAUAUCGCAGUAAUUGCUGCUGUUUAUUUACAUUUCUACGGAAUUUGUUGUUUAUUCAAUACCGUGAUCCGAACCGAGCAAUGCAUUAUGCCGAUAACAUUGAAACUUGGUGUGACUGAUCUAUCUAUUUCAUCAACUGCGAUAGAAUAA